CCGAACCCGGCUGCGCUCUUAAAAAGCGAACAGGGAAUCGCCGAUUGCCUGACGAUCAUAGUACUCUACUGCGUCUGGUCCGCUCGCCUACCAGAAGGUGCUCUGCUCUGUUUUCUGACUUCUGAGACGACGUGUCACCAUGUAGCCUCCAAACUAUCGUCAGAAUUUUCCGGCAGCCUUGCCGAUGAAGUAGAAUUAACCUGCAUUGAUUGAUUCCUCACCGCAAUGGACCCGUGAGGUUGCCUGGAAGUAGUGGCUGAAAAUGAUACAACAGCUGACGUUGGAGCAUGUGAGAAAUGGCGGCAUGCUUCGGAUUUGAGUCCCAAGCUAUUAUUGCAGCUUACAUAUUCGUCUCUCCUGUGCUUAACAGAAGCCCUAGUCUUCAGCAUAAAGAAAUACGCGAUACAGUGCCAAAUCCACCACUGCAUUUCCCUUUGCCGAAGCCACGAACGCGGUUCAUAUCCUUUUCAUCAUAGGAUACUGGAUUAUCCCUUUCUGCGAAGCGCUAAGUAGUGGCCAUGUCGUCCAGUCACAUUCCUACGUCAGCAGCGGUUUUGUGAAAAUGGGCCUCGUUGUGUUGCCUUCCCGUCUCUGGGCAGUACUGAUCUUCUCAGGUUGGAAGAGCUGUUCCUGAGAUUAGCUAAUAUAAGUUUUGUACAAGGGCACUGAUCCCCUUAAAGCCCAUUGGCACGCGCAACCGAAAUCAGUUAAUAAAGUUUCGCUUCUCUGAACAACAACAAGUGGGCAGUGACCGAUGGUCCCUAUCGUUUAUGCUGUGCUCUGUUCCGAUCUUCAGCAAAGCGACUUUGUCGCCGAGCAAAUUCAGGAAAUAGCACGUCACGCCAUUACUCAGUGCCUCUCGAGCGUCGUCUACAAAAAAGAAAAAGUCAACUCAUGGUGUGCGCAGAUCUCUGACGCUUGUCUCAAGGAACUCGCGAAACUGAACAAACCGUUUAAAUACAUUGUCACCUGCAUCAUCAUGCAGAAGACAGGCGCGAGUCUGUACACAGCUGCCAGCACAUGCUGGGAUGUGAAAACGGACGGUCUCUGCAGCCUCCAAGUCUCUACAGAGACCAUGGACUGCGUUGUGACAAUCUACACACUACAGAUCUGAACAGCUGCUAGACCUGGGGAACCACCCUCUGGUCUAGGGGACCCCGGUUUGGUUUUCAGCCUGCUAGACUUGCGCUUGGAUAGCUCGGUGAGAACUGGCGUGACUUGCCUAACAUUGCCGACGAAACUCUGUUUAUGAAAGAAGUCUCCGACGGAUCGUGUUGCCUCCGACCUGUCGAAGCUCCGUCCUGUUUAUGUGUCGUUGUCAUCUGAAACGUUCUUUCCUUCUCUGAAACCGGCAGCUAGUCAGUGCCAUUGCACCCUCUAGUCCUCUUGUUGAAACGUGCUGACAACAGUUUGCGAACUUGGA